AUGGCAGGCGGCGCGUCAUCACACGCUGCCCUCGGCCGCUCAUUAGGGGCCACCACAGGCGCCACGGACCCGCGGCAACAAGGCAGCGGGCGAGCGCAGACGGCCGUGUCCGGGGCUGUGCUGGCAGCACGCAGCAGGUCUCGUCACAGGCGACAGGGAGGGCCCUCCCCCGAGCUGCCCCACACACGUGGUCGCUUCCCGCUCCACCGCAAGCGCACUCCGCAGACGGCCGUGUCCGGGGCUGUGCUGGCAGCACGCAGCAGGUCUCGUCACAGGCGACAGGGAGGGCCCUCCCCCGAGCUGCCCCACACACGUGGUCGCUUCCCGCUCCACCGCAAGCGCACUCCGCAGACGGCCGUGUCCGGGGCUGUGCUGGCAGCACGCAGCAGGUCUCGUCACAGGCGACAGGGAGGGCCCUCCCCCGAGCUGCCCCACACACGUGGUCGCUUCCCGCUCCACCGCAAGCGCACUCCGCAGACGGCCGUGUCCGGGACUGUGCUGGCAGCACGCAGCAGGUCUCGUCACAGGCGACAGGGAGGGCCCUCCCCCGAGCUGCCCCACACACGUGGUCGCUUCCCGCUCCACCGCAAGCGCACUCCGCAGACGGCCGUGUCCGGGACUGUGCUGGCAGCACGCAGCAGGUCUCGUCACAGGCGACAGGGAGGGCCCUCCCCCGAGCUGCCCCACACACGUGGUCGCUUCCCGCUCCACCGCAAGCGCACUCCGCAGACGGCCGUGUCCGGGGCUGUGCUGGCAGCACGCAGCAGGUCUCGUCACAGGCGACAGGGAGGGCCCUCCCCCGAGCUGCCCCACACACGUGGUCGCUUCCCGCUCCACCGCAAGCGCACUCCGCAGACGGCCGUGUCCGGGACUGUGCUGGCAGCACGCAGCAGGUCUCGUCACAGGCGACAGGGAGGGCCCUCCCCCGAGCUGCCCCACACACGUGGUCGCUUCCCGCUCCACCGCAAGCGCACUCCGCAGACGGCCGUGUCCGGGACUGUGCUGGCAGCACGCAGCAGGUCUCGUCACAGGCGACAGGGAGGGCCCUCCCCCGAGCUGCCCCACACACGUGGUCGCUUCCCGCUCCACCGCAAGCGCACUCCGCAGACGGCCGUGUCCGGGGCUGUGCUGGCAGCACGCAGCAGGUCUCGUCACAGGCGACAGGGAGGGCCCUCCCCCGAGCUGCCCCACACACGUGGUCGCUUCCCGCUCCACCGCAAGCGCACUCCGCAGACGGCCGUGUCCGGGACUGUGCUGGCAGCACGCAGCAGGUCUCGUCACAGGCGACAGGGAGGGCCCUCCCCCGAGCUGCCCCACACACGUGGUCGCUUCCCGCUCCACCGCAAGCGCACUCCGCAGACGGCCGUGUCCGGGACUGUGCUGGCAGCACGCAGCAGGUCUCGUCACAGGCGACAGGGAGGGCCCUCCCCCGAGCUGCCCCACACACGUGGUCGCUUCCCGCUCCACCGCAAGCGCACUCCGCAGACGGCCGUGUCCGGGGCUGUGCUGGCAGCACGCAGCAGGUCUCGUCACAGGCGACAGGGAGGGCCCUCCCCCGAGCUGCCCCACACACGUGGUCGCUUCCCGCUCCACCGCAAGCGCACUCCGCAGACGGCCGUGUCCGGGACUGUGCUGGCAGCACGCAGCAGGUCUCGUCACAGGCGACAGGGAGGGCCCUCCCCCGAGCUGCCCCACACACGUGGUCGCUUCCCGCUCCACCGCAAGCGCACUCCGCAGACGGCCGUGUCCGGGGCUGUGCUGGCAGCACGCAGCAGGUCUCGUCACAGGCGACAGGGAGGGCCCUCCCCCGAGCUGCCCCACACACGUGGUCGCUUCCCGCUCCACCGCAAGCGCACUCCGCAGACGGCCGUGUCCGGGGCUGUGCUGGCAGCACGCAGCAGGUCUCGUCACAGGCGACAGGGAGGGCUCUCCCCCGAGCUGCCCCACACACGUGGUCGCUUCCCGCUCCACCGCAAGCGCACUCCGCAGACGGCCGUGUCCGGGACUGUGCUGGCAGCACGCAGCAGGUCUCGUCACAGGCGACAGGGAGGGCCCUCCCCCGAGCUGCCCCACACACGUGGUCGCUUCCCGCUCCACCGCAAGCGCACUCCGCAGACGGCCGUGUCCGGGGCUGUGCUGGCAGCACGCAGCAGGUCUCGUCACAGCCGACAGGGAGGGCCCUCCCCCGAGCUGCCCCACACACGUGGUCGCUUCCCGCUCCACCGCAAGCGCACUCCGCAGACGGCCGUGUCCGGGGCUGUGCUGGCAGCACGCAGCAGGUCUCGUCACAGGCGACAGGGAGGGCCCUCCCCCGAGCUGCCCCACACACGUGGUCGCUUCCCGCUCCACCGCAAGCGCACUCCGCAGACGGCCGUGUCCGGGACUGUGCUGGCAGCACGCAGCAGGUCUCGUCACAGGCGACAGGGAGGGCCCUCCCCCGAGCUGCCCCACACACGUGGUCGCUUCCCGCUCCACCGCAAGCGCACUCCGCAGACGGCCGUGUCCGGGGCUGUGCUGGCAGCACGCAGCAGGUCUCGUCACAGGCGACAGGGAGGGCCCUCCCCCGAGCUGCCCCACACACGUGGUCGCUUCCCGCUCCACCGCAAGCGCACUCCGCAGACGGCCGUGUCCGGGACUGUGCUGGCAGCACGCAGCAGGUCUCGUCACAGGCGACAGGGAGGGCCCUCCCCCGAGCUGCCCCACACACGUGGUCGCUUCCCGCUCCACCGCAAGCGCACUCCGCAGACGGCCGUGUCCGGGGCUGUGCUGGCAGCACGCAGCAGGUCUCGUCACAGGCGACAGGGAGGGCCCUCCCCCGAGCUGCCCCACACACGUGGUCGCUUCCCGCUCCACCGCAAGCGCACUCCGCAGACGGCCGUGUCCGGGACUGUGCUGGCAGCACGCAGCAGGUCUCGUCACAGGCGACAGGGAGGGCCCUCCCCCGAGCUGCCCCACACACGUGGUCGCUUCCCGCUCCACCGCAAGCGCACUCCGCAGACGGCCGUGUCCGGGACUGUGCUGGCAGCACGCAGCAGGUCUCGUCACAGGCGACAGGGAGGGCCCUCCCCCGAGCUGCCCCACACACGUGGUCGCUUCCCGCUCCACCACAAGCGCACUCCGGACUCGGGCAACAUCGAACGCCAACUCUUCACGUCCUUCCUCCGGCACUGA